AUGGCAAAACCACCCAAACAGCCAAAUUUCCGCAUCCUUUCGCCGAACGCCGCCAAGGACCUCGCCAACAGAAACAAGCUCACCCCCGAAUCAACACCUACUCAGACCCCUGGCGCAUCAUCAGCAGCAGCAGAAUCCCCGAGUCAGGGUCCGACCCUGGGCUCGAAACGACCGGUGCGCGCCUUCUUCUCCAAUCUCCGACGACGCUACUCCGCACUCCCCCGGCCUGUCCAACAAGCAUGCCGUGGAUUUCGCAUUCUCGCACCUCUCGUUCCGAUUAGUCUUUUUUUCUCCGAACAUGUCAUGCAGGUCAUGUGGGUGCGAGGGCAGUCCAUGACCCCCUAUCUCAAUGAAGAUUACCAUCAAGAUCACACGAAGGGUGACAUGGUGUUGGUCAGCAUGAUGCCGCACCGGAUAUGGCCAUGGGAAAGACAAAGGCGGCUGGAGAGGGGGAUGGUGGUUACAUUCCGGAAAGUCCCAUUCCAUGGACUGGCCGAGUUGGGACAUUCACUCAUCUUUGCGUCCAGUUCUCCUGCCAAUUCGUCGCAUAUCGCUAUCAAACGAAUCGUCGGUCUCCCCGGUGACCGCAUCACAACCCGCGAACCAUGCUUGAAGCAAACACAAAUCGUUCCGUUUAACCAUGUCUGGCUGGAGGGCGAUGCGCAGGAUCCGCAAUGUACGCUAGACAGCAAUACCUACGGCCCGGUCAGCAUCAGCCUACUUUCCGGGCGAGUAUUUGCCGUUCUCGGACCGCGCAUGAGGUGGUUGAACUGGACAGAUUGGGAAACUGGCAAACUAGACGAUGCCUGUUCGGAGGACGGGCAGAAGUAUCGACAGGGUGUACGGAACAGAGUCCUGAAGGAAGCUGUUAAGCUGGAAAGGCCGAAUCUGGAUUAA